UGCGGCUUCAGCCUAAGCUUCCUGAUCAAUCCUUGACAGAAUGAAUUUCACAGAGUAACACCGACAUUCGUGUCAUUUACUCAAGUGAAGUUCGGGGAGAACGUUUUGCACGAACCGCCGCUUGCGAGUCUUGUGGUCCUUCCCACUUCUUUGCAACUUCUUUGUGUUGAUCACGCGUUUUACCGCGCCCGACGGCGGUCCGCCCCGACGUCAUGGUCAUUCAUUAUAAAGGGCAUCUGGUGGGCUAUGUGUAUCCCAGCAAUUGGGAGUGACUUGCAAGAUGCUGUCCAGCCUCCUGAGUCGUAGUGUCUUUGCAAGCGCUAUUUUCGCGAGCUGUGCUGCCGCGGUAACGACUGUCACUAUUAAUGGCACAGCUAGCCACACCAUUCCGCCCCUUCUUUUGCCUUGGAAAAUAACGUUCACUCUUCCGCAGAGUGGUGAUGGCGGUAUUUACGCUGAGUACACAGACGCUGCUCUCUUCGCCUGGGCUCCAAUCAACGGCGCAAACAUCAAAGUCAUUGCUGAUCCUACCCCGCUCUCUGAUGCCCUCCCCAACUCCCUCGAGUUAACCAUCCCAACUGGUGCCUCUGGUCAAGUCGGAUUCGGCAAUGAGGGCUAUUGGGGCAUAAACGUCAACUCCUCUUGGACUUACAACUCCUCUUUCUACUACAAAUUCCCCAGUGCAUCAGACUUUUCUGGAAAGCUCACUGUCAUGCUUCAGUCUGCUACUGGUGCAGUCUAUGCAAGCGCUUCUGUCCCUGUCUCCGGCUCCACCACAACCUGGACGCAGGUCAUGAUGUCUCUUACGCCUGCCUCAAGUCCUGCAUCAACUGCUAACAACUUCACGGUCACGGUCGAUGGUGCCAGCGCUAUCGGAGAGACGAUCAACUUUGCAAUGUUCUCCCUCUUCCCUCCGACGUUCAAGGGUAGAGCCAAUGGUCUGCGCAUGGAUGUUGCACAGACAUUAUAUGACAUGAAGUCUUCGUUUUUCCGUUUGCCUGGUGGUAACAACUUGGGCCAAAGCUUUUCUACACGCUGGCAAUGGAAUGCAACAGUAGGCAAACUAAUUGACCGUCCAGGACGUGUGGGUGACUGGGGAUACAUCAACACCGACCCAUUAUGGCUGUAUGGGCAGGUAUAUAACAGUCGCGCAUUCCAUAUCAUUUGUAUGCUUACUUCACGCACAGGGUACUCGCUCAACGGGGCCAGCCUCCCUGAGAACGAGCUCGCACCAUACAUCCAACAGGCAAUCGACCAGAUCAACUUUGUCAUCGGGAACCCCGCCACGAGUGAACCAGCUGCCCUGCGUGCAUCUCUUGGCCACCCAGAACCAUUCCCUUUGCAAUAUGUCGAGAUUGGCAAUGAAGACUUCUUUGCAUCGGAAUCGUAUAUCUACCGCUGGAGAGACUUCGCGGACAACUUGACGGCUACGUUCCCUCAGCUGAAGUUUAUCGCGACCUCGUACCCCUUCGAUCCCAUCCUCGAUCCCAUCCCAAAGCAGUACGACAAUCACGUGUACCAGACACCUGGCUGGUUCGCAGAAAAUGCAUUCUACUACGAUUCUUUCGAGGUUCGUACGCUCUACAUUUGCAUCGCGUCAUACUGGGAAGCUGACUGUGAUACAACCGAAAGCGCAAUGGCACUUACUACUUUGAGGGUGAAUAUGCCGUCGAUAGGAUCUUCGGCAGAAGCUGCAUUCAUGACUGGUCUAGAGCGUAACAGUGACAUCGUCUUCGCUGCGUCGUAUGCUCCCUUGUUAAUGAACGUUGCCAACUAUCAGUGGACACCCAACCUUGUUUCUUUUGAUGCAUCACAGGUGUACCCAUCAACCAGCUUCUAUACACAACAGCUCUUCAGUGUCAACCGUGGAACAGAAUAUCUCCCAAGCACCCUGCCUACUGUAAAUGGGGCACUCCACUGGAGUGUCACGCGUGAUGCACCCACGAACACGGUUAUCAUCAAGAUCGCCAACACGGGCACGACAGCUGAAGAAAUGGCAUUCGAGCUUCCCUUCGACGGUGUUCACGGCACUGGUACUGCGACAGUCCUCUCAGGCUCUGGCACUGCAAGCAACUCGCCUGAGGCUCCCAACGCUGUUGCGCCCGUCAUUUCACAGGUUAAAACUGGUAAGAGUUUUUCAUACACUGUCCCAGCGUACAGUGUCAACGUGUUGCGAGUGGAGGUGCAGUAGGGGAUAGAGCGUCGCUUGGCUACAUUUACAUGUCAUACCCCGACAAAAAAGUAAUCAUAGCCUUAUACCAGACAGAUGUCUGUACCUUCUUUUGUGACUCAAUGUCAGCACACAUGAGCUGCUGAACAUGAUGGCAUGCAACUCUGUUGGCUGCCAAAAAGCUUCCGACCCCCUUAG